GCUACAACUUCACGCAGAGAUUGCUUUGUUUUCCCACUUCAAUCUUUCAGCAAGGCAAUCUCUCUCUAUUCCUCCAAAGAUGGAGUGCCUCGAUUUUCUCUUUCGGGCACUGCUGCUUAGGAUGUUAUAUGGGCUUUUGGGAUCCGACCCAGAUCCUGUUUCUGUCUGAUCCAGCUAUAUUUGCUGCUGAAAUCCUCAUACAAGGAAGAGGAGAAGAAUUUUCCCCCAAUUGAAGAAGGAUGGGUACCUCUGGUUCUAGCUGCCCCCAAAUAAAUGGCUUGUUGAUAAGUUUAGUUGAAGAUCAGUGUCUUUUGAUGGCUGGGACGGAAGUGAAGUUAUAAGGUUAUUGUUUCACUUGGGUGUCAUUUUUUGCCUGGUGUUGAACUUAAUGCAAUUGGGAUAGCUUGCCACUAGAGAUUGUUGCUUUGUUUGAUUUGGAGGAGUUUCGCUGAGUAGUGUGCUCUGAAGUGCAUUUCAAUAGUUUUUUUGUUGAAUAGAUUUUAAGUUAUGAUCAAACAGAUAUUAAAUAGGCUCCCUCGAAAGCCCUCAAAAUCUGUUGAUAAUCGUGAAGGAGGAGGAACAUUAACAGCCUCUUCAACUGCUUCUACUAGUUCAAGAAGCAGCAGUGAUUUAGCAGGUUACCGGAAUGGAAAUUCAACUGCUUCUCCUCUUUCAGGCUUUAAUUCUAAUUCAAGUCUUGGACUAAAUCAUGGUGACAAGUUUCUCCAUGAUGUGAAUUCAAAGCUUAAUGGGUGUUUCAUAGCUUCCUCUUAUGAAGCCUUGCCAAGUUUUAGAGAUGUUCCAAGUUCAGAGAAGCAGAAUAUGUUUAUAAGAAAGCUGCAAAUGUGUUGUGUUGAAUUUGACUUUGCUGACCCUACAAAGAACCUCAAAGAGAAGGACAUUAAGCGACAAACAUUAGUUGAACUUGUGGAUUAUGUUUCUUCAGCUAAUGGCAAGUUUACAGAAAUUACGAUGCAAGAAAUUGUGAAGAUGGUUUCUAUAAAUUUGUUCAGGACGCUGACUUCUCCUCCCAGUGAAAACAAAGUUCUAGAAGCCUUUGAUGUGGAAGAGGAAGAGCCUUCAAUGGACCCUGCAUGGCCUCACUUGCAAAUUGUAUAUGAAUUCCUUGUAAGGUUUGUUGCAUCACCUGAGACUGAUGCAAAGUUAGCAAAAAGAUAUGUUGAUCAUUCAUUUGUUCUCAGAUUGUUAGACCUUUUUGAUUCAGAGGAUCCUAGGGAGCGGGAUUACUUGAAGACAGUUCUUCAUCGUAUAUAUGGGAAAUUUAUGGUGCACCGACCUUUCAUCAGGAAAGCAAUCAACAAUAUAUUCUAUCGAUUCAUUUUUGAAACUGAGAAACACAAUGGGAUUGCAGAACUUCUAGAAAUUUUGGGGAGUAUAAUCAAUGGAUUUGCUUUGCCGCUGAAAGAAGAACACAAAUUAUUUCUUGUGCGAGUGCUUAUUCCUCUUCAUAAACCGAAAUGCUUACUGGUGUACCACCAGCAGUUAUCUUACUGCAUCACGCAGUUUGUGGAAAAAGACUGCAAGCUUGCUGAUACUGUUAUUCAGGGAUUACUACGAUAUUGGCCAAUUACAAACAGUUCCAAGGAGGUUAUGUUUCUAGGUGAGCUGGAGGAAGUUUUGGAAGCAACUCAACCUGCAGAGUUCCAACGGUGCAUGGUAUCCUUGUUCCGCCGAAUAAGUCGUUGUUUGAGCAGUUCACAUUUCCAGGUAGCAGAAAGGGCUUUGUUCUUGUGGAAUAAUGUCCACAUUGAGAACUUGAUCAAGCAGAACCGCAAAAUAAUACUUCCUAUUGUCUUACCUGCUCUGGAGAAAAAUGCUCGAAAUCACUGGAACCAGGCAGUCCAGAGUUUGACAAUAAAUGUACGCAAGAUCUUCUCUGAUACCGAUCCUGAACUCUAUGAGGAGUGCUUGCACAAAUUUCAGGAAGAAGAAGCACAAGAGAAGUCUAUAAAGUCCAAGCAGGAGGCCUCAUGGAAGCGUUUGGAAGAAAUCGCGGCCAUGAAAGCUGCAAGCAAUGAACCAGUUCUAGUUUCUCCCAGAACCGCCUCACGUAUAACUUCUUCAGGGUAGGCAAUUAUACUCGGUUGUAGCAAUCCUUGAUUUUUUUUCAUUGCAGGGUCAAAAAAGCAUGAUGAUACAAGGGGUGAUAUGUGCAAGACAGUCGUUAUUGUUGGUUCCCUUGGUCUCAUGAUAGAGUCACUAUGCAAAAUAUAUGGGGUAUACAAUAUAGCUCUAUCAUGGUUUUGCAAGCUUAGAAUGUAGAUAUUGGAUUGGUUAGAAAUAAAUGGUCGCUUCCAGUCAAAAGUCUAGACCCAGUUUAUUUGGAAAUUUGCUUUGUAAAGCUGCCCUUUGCAGUUUGAUGUAAUUAAAUUAAUGAUGAUUUUUAAUACAUAUUUUUCUCUUUUUUG